UCAUUAAUUAAACCAUCAAUGCUCAUAAGCUCCUGAUUUUACGCUAUAUUCUUCAGCUCUACCUUUCUAAUCCCUUUGAUGAAGCCAAAGGAGAACGAUUCUCUUAAAUCAAAAGCCCUCGUAGCUGAUUGGUCCAGAAGCUUGUUUUUCUUUAUGCUUCGUAAUGGAGAGUACAAAGAAGGACAUGUUAAAGCUGUGGGUGGUCUGGAACAAGUGGGAGAAGAGAAUGCGCAUGAAGAGGAGGCAAGUAGAGAUGGAGAGAAAGAGCAAGAGGGAUGAGGAGAUGGGUGUUUGGAGGAGGAAAGUGAGGAGACAAAAGGAGAGUCAGAGAAUAUGGUAGAGAGUGAGCAAGAGAUGGAAGAGGGCCAUGGAGAAGAGCCAGUAAAGGGUUCAGAAGGAGAGCCAGAAAAGAAUACAGAAGAAGAUGUGAAGGUAGAGUCAAAAGAAUUAAAUGAUCUACUGGCAGAAGAGCUAGAAGAUAAAUCAAUAGAGAAAUCAAAGAAUAAAUCAGAAGGAGAGAUAAAAGAGAAUCCAUUAGAGGAAUUUAAAAAGGAGAAGGAAAAGCAAAUAAAAGAAAAGAAAACAGAAGAAGAGGAUAAGCAGGAACCUCAGGUAAUGAUUAUUCAAACAAAGGACUCUGCCUGUCAAUAUGAUAUGGAAAUAAAAAAUGUCCAUGAAAAAGACUGACAAACAAUCAGUCCUGAUUCUGAAAAGAAAACAUCUAGUGAUAAAUGAGCUCAAGUAGACAUUAAGCCAAAGAGAACAGACACGCAACAAAAUCAGAGAAGAAGAAAUGUAGGAAGAGACUCAAGAAGAUUUGAUAGUUGUAACUAUUCACAAGUUGAGAAAUUUUCUCCAAAAAACAAAGGAAUAUAUAAUCCUGGAUUAGACUGCUUUUUGAACUCUUCACUUCAGGCUUUAUUCUCAAUCCCAGAGUUCAAAUCCUAUUUUGUAGACGAAAUUGCUGUAUUCGGUCCAUUAAGCCAGCCUGAAAACUCCUCCAACCCAGAUACUUCAAACUACAAAUUCACUAGACACUUCAAAUCCCUCUGAGACAACUACGUCACUUCAACAAAUCAGUCUAUUAAUACCAAAGAAAUCAGGGAUUUCUUCGAAGAAGUCUUCCCUAGCAGCAGAAUGCACUGCUCUAACGAAUUCAUCCUCGACUUAUUAUCAAAACUUCGGUCUGAGCUAAACCUCUCCACUGGAGAGUUCGACUCUGGUGGCCACUCCAACGCUGAAGAAGCAUGGGAUGCAUACAUAAAUGAGUUUCCUUCCAAAAUAGACGAGUUGUUCUACGGUAUGAACCAGACAUCGGUUGCAUGCCCCAACUGUGGGACUGAUGAACCCUCAUUCGAGCCCUUCUUAGGAGUCCCACUUGAGUGUGAUGAGUAUGAUGCAGAGAUCGGGUUCAGGAAGUUUUUGAAUCCUGCUUCUGAAGAUUUUGAGUAUGAUGAAGUAUGUGAAGCUUGUGGGAAAGAGGUAGUGAUAAAGCAUAUGAAAAGAACUACAAAAUACCCAAAAUAUUUGAUAAUGCCUUUUCAGAGACAGUCUGAAGAUGGUAAAUCCAAGAUUAAUGGUAGAAUGAAAUAUUAUGAAAAAUUCGAGAUUGACCAGCCUACCAAGCACAUAAAUUAUUCUUUAAUGGGCAUCAUUCAGCAUUCGGGAAGCUUACACGGAGGCCACUAUAUUUCAACAUGUAAGAGAGAAGGAGGCUGGAAAUGCUUCAAUGACAGUUCAGUAAGCAAUUAUCACAAGGACAUUACCCAGGAUGAAAAAGCUUUUGUUCUUUUCUAUAGGAUGGAAAAUUAAUAUCCCACCUGAUGGAGAUUUCAAUAC